CACCGGGAGACGGAAAGUGUCCAUCGGUCCAAAUUAACCGUAAUUGCUUACAUUUGAUUCUUUUUCAACUUCGCAUUUUUUUGAACUGAACCCCAGAGCUUAUUUUUUCUGCGAGAGGAAACGAGAGAAAGGCACAAAAGAGAAGAGAGAGAGGAAAUCCCCCGAAAGGAAAUGCCAAUCGCAGCCGCUGGACAACCAACGACUCAGGAGCCUAGGAUUACCCCCCGAUUGCCCGCCACCCCAGAGCCCGUUCCUAAAGGGGCUGAUUUAUUCGACGGCGGGGCGGCAGAGUCGCCGGAGCGAACAGAAUACGGGGGCGGAGAGGGGGGCAGAGGACUCAGGGGCUACAGUUAUAGCCCAAGCGGCGCUAGGGGGUUUACACAGCCCGGAUCAGCCAACGGUUCUCCGCCGCAAUCCCCUCCCACGUCGUCCUCGUUGCUCCUCCAUCCCCACCAAAUGGCAAUGGAGCCACCAAGGACUCGAUCGCGUUCCCGGUCUGGGUACUACCAGCAGUACAGCAGUGGCAACGGAAAUGGGAUUACCGGUAACGGAGUCGUGGGGUCUAACCAGCAGCAGCAACACGGCGCCGGGUGCGCACCGUUCGGGGCUCAUGGAAACCACCCGGAGAACCAGCAGCGUGCCCAUGCAACUAACGCACCCCCCGGCAUCCAGCGGCUCUCAGUCCCCGGAGCGCACCGUAUUUCGGGGGCAGGGGCCAUUGCAGGGGCCUUCCAUUGUCACCCUGAACACACAUAUGGAGAGGAGAGUGAUAAGAGCGAGGACAGCCCUAGUCCAAAGCGCCAGAGGCUGUCAAGUCAGUCUAUGCUGGAGCAGCUCUCCUCUUCAGCUCCCCCUCCCUCCACCCCUUCUCCCCCUAUCCGGCCUUGGGAGCUAGGACCCCCCAGUCGGAGGCCACUGCACCCCCACACACACUACCACCAAGAGAGGUGCCUCACUCCGGCCCGGCACAGGCGCAGCCCACCAGUAAGGCGUCAGCGUGGUCGCCUCUCUCGACCUGCUCGUCACCCACACGUCCAUCACCACCCAUCCGCCCAGAGCCCAGGGCCCCGCCUGUCCCCGUCGGAGCUCCAAGAUGAGAACUACCACCACAACCCUCACCUCUCCACGCAUCAGACAUACGCCUCACACACACCAAGCCCCUACGGACAGCCCCCGUCUGCUGGGAUAGGGAGCACGCCGUCAGAGGAGCCCCGGGCCUUCCACCCCCCCACCCUGUCUCCGCGGCUCCUGCAUCCGGCGGCUCACCAUCACCACCAUCAGCAUCAUCCUCAGCAGCAGCAGCAUCAUACAGCGCAACAGCAGCAAGGAGCCAUGGUCAUGGACUUGCAUGAACAGUUGCAGCAGGGCAGUGUACCAGUGUCCUACACAGUCACCCCUGUCCCACCUCAUGGUCUGGCUGCUCCUUUGUGUAGCGGUCAACACCUUGCCCCAACCUGUUCUUCCCAACAACAGGUUCCAGCCUGCAGUAUGGUCUUCAGCACCGGGCAGCACUACCACCCUAUGCUGCAGGCAUGCUCAAUGCAGCAUUUGCCAAUGCCCUAUGCUUUUCCCUCCCUGCUGUCCGGUGACCCUCAGUUCCUACUUCCCCCUCCACCCCAUCUCCCUCACCACACUCCACACCUCCCUCCACCAGGACAGUUCCUGCCCUUCCAGACACAGCAGCCUCGAUCGCCGUUACAGAGGAUUGAGAACGAGGUUGAGCUGCUUGGGGAGCAGCUGUCAGUGAGUGGGGGGUUCAGCUACCCCCACCAUCAUCACCAUCACCACCAGCCUCCCUCCACCUUGCCACACUCCACCCCGCUCCAGUUUCUCUCGCACCACGACCCCUUGUCGCAGGAGAUGUUUACAAUGCCCUACCCCCACUUCAUGCCUCGUCGAAUCACAGGCCGACGGUACCGCUCGCAACAGGCUGUUCCCCCAUCGCCCUACCACCCAAGCUUCCUGCCUUACUUCCUGUCUAUGCUUCCAGUGACCCCCACCAUAGGCCCCACUAUCAGUCUGGAGCUAGAUGUGGAUGAUGGAGAGGUAGAGAACUACGAGGCACUGUUAAACCUGGCAGAGCGCCUAGGAGAGGCCAAGCCCCGUGGUCUGACCAAAGCAGACAUAGAACAGCUGCCAUCGUACAGGUUCAACCCCAACAACCACCAGUCUGAACAAACACUGUGCGUUGUGUGUAUGUGUGACUUUGAGUCUCGCCAGCUCCUACGAGUUCUGCCCUGCAACCAUGAGUUCCAUGCCAAGUGUGUAGACAAGUGGCUCAAGGCUAACCGAACCUGUCCCAUCUGUCGAGCUGAUGCCUCUGAGGUUCAGCGAGAUUCUGAAUGACCUUUGACCCUCCUCAACAGUUAGCCACCCAGUCACAGAUUUUUUAAUGGAUUUAUCAACCACUCUGAACUUCCUCAUAUGUUAACAUAUGGCUUGGCUCACACAUUAUGCCACAGAUCUGGGACCAGCACAUCUUAAUCCUUUAUAGAACCCCGCCCCUCUUUCUCCAGGACAUUGACCAAUAAAUAGUGAUUUGGGAUCAACAUGUAGAGCAGGGAAAACGUUCUGUGUACUUGUGCCCACUUUAUUGCCGUCCCAGUCAUUGACAUCCCAGGCUUCCUAACUUGGGCUAAUGUGCUCCCUCUGCUCUCUGCCUUGUACUCAGUUAGUUGCUACUAUUAAUGGCCUUUGAAACACACACACACACACACACACACACACACACACACACCUACAAUAUAUGAACAGGUAUCCAUAUAUAUAUAUUAGAGCUGUCGAUCAAUUAAAAAAAAAUUAAUCGCAAAAUUUACUAUGAUUAAUCUCAAUUAAGUGCUUUUUUUUCCUUUUAAGACUGAAGCUUGUAAUAAUGGAUAUUGAAAGGUAAAAUCGCAGAAUUAAGGUAGAAUCCACACAAAGACAGUAUAUUUAAAUUCAUAUACUAUUGUUUCAUAGAAUCUUUUCAACUUUGAACACAGACUCUCCCAUGAACUACAGAUUAACAAUAAAACCAUGAAGGUCAUCAAAAUUGACUGUCAGCUAGAAAAGUAUAUUUCUUAUAUGCUCUAACAGACAUAAUAACAAAACCCAGGCCUGUAUGUUAAAAUGCCGAUUGAAUUUAAAGUGUCGUGAAUUCACAAUGUUCACUACGUGUUCAUAAUGGCGCAUCACAGAACCCCAUAUGCUCCCCAGUGACCCAGCAUAGUAGAAUAUCUAAUAUUCUCUAUGAGGGGAUGAGGGCUAGGGACAAAUACAGUCUAGCAAGGAACUGUAGGGGAAAAGACAGGUCUCCAUGCACUGACAAGCAGGAGGAAGAGCGCACAACCCGCCACAGGAAGUAAACAAAAUGCAGCUGCGUUAAUUUUCUUUAAUGCGUUAAAUAUUUAAAAUUAAUCACAAACAUUACCGCAUUAAUUUUGACAGCACUAAUAUAUAUAUAUAUAUAUAUAUAUAUAAAUUUUAAAAAAAUCAUAUUCUAUAUAUAUAUAUAUAUAUAUAUAGAAUAUGAAUAUUUUUUAAUUUUAUAUACAUAACAUUUAAAAAAAACAUUGAUAUUAAAGAAGAAAAAUAUUUUCUUCUUUUUUUUAACUCUUCCACAGCCCUUCCACAUUGAUGUGAUUGGUUUAGUCUGUGACAAACAAAGAUUUGAGUUUAAAGAUUCUGUACAGUUAUUACUAACAAACCUAAGAGAGUCAUGAGUCCAAAGAUUGUGGCUACUUCAUUGUUCUUAAUCUGAUCAUAAUCAAGCAUUCACUUCUUGGUAUUGAGAGAAGCGAUUAUCAUACGGUUUUACUCGCUCAUCAAGAAUUUUACAGGUCGUUUACUUUUAAUUUUUUUUUUUAUGAUAGCAUUCCUCACACGAGAGCAUUCUUUAUCAGAGCAAAGAUUACUGUGUGUGUGUGUGUGUGUGUGUGUGUGUGUGUGUGUGUGUGUGUGCGUAUGUGUUGUUUGUGUGCGUGUGUGUCUGUGUCCUGUGUUAUUUAUACAGUCCAUAUGGUACAAAACACUGACUUCACCUAAUUCCAUAUUUUCCACUCUACGUCUGGUUGGUUCAGACCUGUUGGGAGAGCAGUGCUGUGGAGACAUGUUUGAAAUCCAUUCCCUUCCCUUUGGUUACAUUUUCCAGACCACAUCAGUAUACGUAUUGGUGGAAGAUAAGGGACAAAUGAAAAGAUAGCAAAGCGCAUGUUUGUCAGGUCAGUAGGAACACGUUCUUCUGAAGAGUGGCUUGUCUUUCCCAAGUCGUCGUCUUCUCUGUAGUCUUCUUCGUCUUCUCUGUAAUGGUAAGCAGUACCGCUACAGGCUUCUGAGACACGGCUACAGUCUGUGGAACUUCACAGAGUAACCUGCAGUUCAGGAACAUAACAUCUCCAUCCAGAUAUGUCCACUAUGCUCCCUGUCAAAGGGUUUCACAUGAAUACAAUUGAAUGUGAAAGAAGUGACAAGGUGGAAAUCGUUCUGGAGAUCAUUAUGAAAGAAAAAAACCCUCCAUAAAGUCAAUUCAUGUCCAAUUCACCAACCUUCUCAUGGAAAUAUGUCUGCUGGGAAGAUGUUUCUGUGUCUGUAUGGCAUGUAACCUAGUGGCUUUUUCACACCUACAAGUGCCACCAGAUCUGAAUACGAGGUUUUCUCAACCACAUACAGGCACUGAACACAUGGGGGGACUGAGGGUGACGGUCUGAGCAGCCAUCUUUGUUCUGAUCCAGAGAAAACUGUGUCCUCAUACCGGCAUCACAUUCGUGGUCGGACAGUGGAAUGGACACUUCAGGCAAAUAACACACAUGCAUUGUAGACCUGCCUCACAGCAAAUUCAUCAUUUCAAGACUGUCGUCCAACAGUGUCGGCCUCAGAGAAGAGCUCCGUGGCCAUGGUUGAAUGCUGCAUUGUUCAUUUACUUUAUUUUCCUCUGCGGAGUAAAAGUUGAUAAAGUUGCUACAUCAGUUCUGCCAGUCACGUUUUGGGUGGAGAUGCCUGGGUCAGUUUCUUGGAGCUGUCACUGUAUCCUAAGGCUGGGGUGGGGUGGGGAUGGGGGGGUAUUAUGUCCAUAGGCCACAUUCUCCGUGCCAGAUAUCCACAGAUCUCCCAGUCUGUCAAUCCCUCCAUCUUCUCCAGGCAAAGCCACCUUCUCUCCAUCUUGAUGAAUGCUCAGCCUCUGUGAGGCCUGUGUCAGUCUGCUGCAACUUGUGUGCAACAUUCACAUUAUGUACAGGCUUUCUAAUGUUAUUUAUCACUAUGUAUCACAAUGGUAUUCUGUGUAAUGUUUAUGGCAACCUGACACAGGCCUUUCCACUAGAGGACUGACCAGACUGCAGCAGUCCAAGUAUGGAACCUUUUCAGCCGUGCGCCUGCAGUGUCUUAAUGUGAGAUGCCUUUUACAAAGAACAUUUUUUUCCCAGGUGAUAACUAUAUCCACACUAAAGGCAGUGAUUCAUUAUAAACUUCUUUUUUUUAAUUUGGAGGGGGUAGAUGGAAACUGACAGUAUAUCAGUGCCAAAGGAGAAUGUCACCCAGAAGCUUAAAACCCUCUAGUGUUGUCGAUGUAUAAUGUAACGCAGAACCAUCAUGGAAAAAACUGCAGUUUCCUUAUCACGUUCCGUUUUCUUUGGGGUUAAAGGUCAUUAUCAUUACCAUAAUGACCUCUCUGUGUGUCUAUGUUGUGUCAUAGGAUUGUUUUGUUAGAUGGUUUUCUCCUGCUUGGUACGCUAGCAGUUACCUCAGUUCCAUAAUUUGUCUUUUCAGAAUAAUGGCGCAAAUGGUAUGAUUGAUGUUCAUCAGCUCUUUUCUCUUUUUCUUUUUUUCUUUUUCUUUUUUUUUUUCUUAAAAAUUGUUGGGUCAAGUUUUUUUCUUCAAAUAUAUGAAACUAUCAUUGAAUAUGGUGUUAUAGUAGUUUCAUUAUGUAUUAUAUCUGUAACCAAAAUAAUUUGAAGACCUGGUAUUAUGAUGAUGAUGAUGAUGAUGAUGAUGAUAGUAAUGGUGAAAUUUUUAACAAACAUUUGUACAUUUUUUAUGAGAGUUAUUACUAGUAAUGCUUUAAGUAGUGCAAUGACCUUUUUUUUUUAAUUCCUUGCCCCAUCUUUUGGAUUUCAAAGGCUGGUUCAGUAAUAAAUGUAUAA